GCAGCAUCAAACACAGGAAUGUAAAAGUGAGGAGCUUCCAAUGCCAAAUCAUCGUUUAUCCCUCGCAGCACCAAACACAGGAAUGUAAAAGUGAGGAGCUUCCAAUGCCAAAUCAUCAUUUAUCCCUCGCAGCACCAAACACAGGAAUGUAAAAGUGAGGAGCUUCCAAUGCCAAAUCAUCAUUUAUCCCUCGCAGCACCAAACACAGGAAUGUAAAAGUGAGGAGCUUCCAAUGCCAAAUCAUCGUUUAUCCCUCGCAGCACCAAACACAGGAAUGUAAAAGUGAGGAGCUUCCAAUGCCAAAUCAUCAUUUAUCCCUCGCAGCACCAAACACAGGAAUGUAAAAGUGAGGAGCUUCCAACGCAAAAUCAUCAUUUAUCCCUUGCAGCACCAAACACAGGAAUGUAAAAGUGAAGAGCUUCCAACGCCAAAUCAUCGUUUAUCACUCGCAACACCAAACACAUGAAUGUCAAAGUGAGGAGCUUCCAAUGCCAAAUCAUCAUUUAUCCCUCGCAGCACCAAACACAGGAAUGUCAAAGUGAGGAGCUUCCAAUGCCAAAUCAUCGUUUAUCCCUCGCAGCACCAAACACAGGAAUGUAAAAGUGAGGAGCUUCCAAUGCCAAAUAAUCGUUUAUCCCUCGCAGCACCAAACACAGGAAUGUCAAAGUGAGGAGCUUCCAAUGCCAAAUCAUCGUUUAUCCCUCGCAGCACCAAACACAGGAAUGUAAAAGUGAGGAGCUUCCAAUGCCAAAUAAUCGUUUAUCCCUCGCAGCACCAAACACAGGAAUGUCAAAGUGAGGAGCUUCCAAUGCCAAAUCAUCAUUUAUCCCUCGCAGCACCAAACACAGGAAUGUAAAAGUGAGGAGCUUCCAAUGCCAAAUCAUCGUUUAUCCCUCGCAGCACCAAACACAGGAAUGUCAAAGUGAGGAGCUUCCAAUGCCAAAUCAUCAUUUAUCCCUCGCAGCACCAAACACAGGAAUGUCAAAGUGAGGAGCUUCCAAUGCCAAAUCAUCAUUUAUCCCUCGCAGCACCAAACACAGGAAUGUAAAAGUGAGGAGCUUCCAAUGCCAAAUCAUCGUUUAUCCCUCGCAGCACCAAACACAGGAAUGUAAAAGUGAGGAGCUUCCAAUGCCAAAUCAUCGUUUAUCCCUCGCAGCACCAAACACAGGAAUGUAAAAGUGAGGAGCUUCCAAUGCCAAAUCAUCAUUUAUCCCUCGCAGCACCAAACACAGGAAUGUCAAAGUGAGGAGCUUCCAAUGCCAAAUCAUCAUUUAUCCCUCGCAUCACCAAACACAGGAAUGUAAAAGUGAGGAGCUUCCAAUGCAAAAUCAUCAUUUAUCCCUCGCAGCACCAAACACAGGAAUGUAAAAGUGAGGAGCUUCCAAUGCCAAAUCAUCAUUUAUCCCUCGCAGCACCAAACACAGGAAUGUAAAAGUGAGGAGCUUCCAAUGCCAAAUCAUCAUUUAUCCCUCGCAGCACCAAACACAGGAAUGUCAAAGUGAGGAGCUUCCAACGCCAAAUCAUCAUUUAUCCCUCGCAUCACCAAACACAGGAAUGUCAAAGUGAGGAGCUUCCAAUGCCAAAUCAUCAUUAUCCCUCGCAGCACCAAACACAGGAAUGUCAAAGUGAGGAGCUUCCGAUGCGAAAUCAUCAUUUAUCCCUCGCAGCACCAAACACAGGAAUGUUAAAGUGAGAAGCUUCCAAUGCCAAAUCACCAUUUAUCCCUCGCAGCACCAAACACAGGAAUGUAAAAGUGAGGAGCUUCCAAUGCCAAACCAUCGUGAGCGCUCUCACUACGAACAGCGCGCUCAGUCAGAAUUCAGCGGUCAGCUCGAGGAUGGAGUCGGUUGUCUGUUGUCCCUGACGAAUCUGUGUUUGUCCGCGCGAACUAACGAAGACAAGCCGAAAGCUGCGCAAGCCUCGAAAAACUACAACGUUCAACGGAGAAACUUUUAAAAGAACUUGUAAAACUUCUCAAAUCCUGAAUCGUGUAAGUCCAGCCGCUGGCUUCUUGAGCACGAUGACCUUAUUAAGAAAUCAACAAUUUUUCAGAUUUGGCCGUCAAUGGAAAGCGCAAAAAUAAAGCUGAUUUUCAGGAGCCGGUUUGCGCGUGACUGACUGCCUUAUCUGAAGAGCGCGCCAGCAAACUAUAUGGGAGAUAUCAACGUAGUCAUCAAUCUGCUUUAAGACUUUGAUGUAAUUUCGUUUUAAAUGCUUUUUUGCCAUCAUCUUUUAGGGAAGCUGGUAGCUCAUUCCAUAUUCUUGCGCCAAGCCUGGAAAAUGAUUUGUAUUGGAGCUGGAGUUUCGCAUGUUUGAUAUAGAAAUUAUUAGAUGUCGAUGAUCUAGUGUUAUAUGAAUGAACUUUUUUAGUAUCUGUGAAAAGUUCGACAAUGUUGUUGCUAUACAAUUUCGAACAUCAUGCAUUAGGUUGCAUAUAUUUUCGAAAUAAAGAAAAUUUAUUGGUAGAAUAUCUGCAUCAAGGAAGAGCGGGACUGCAUGGUCUCGUCGUUUAGCAAAGUAUAUGAAUCGCAGAGCUCGCUUUUGCAAUAAAAGAAUUUUAUGCUUUUCUCUCUCGCAAUUACAAGGUAAAAUGCUGCUUUUCCUGAAGCUAGUUUAGUGGGCCCAACCCCGAUCAAUGUAGACCACACCAUUGUAUGGACUUAAUUGGCUAUGGGCCACGCCCAAAGCCGUAUUUAAUAUAAUUAUUUUUUCACUUUAUAUUUACAAUAUUUUCAAUUAUCUUAGCCCAGUAAAGGUGAGGGCAACAAAACGCAACCAACUUGACAACUCUAAAAUCUGAUAGUGUAAGGAGGAGAAAAAGGGGAGGUGGUGGGUCAAAAACACUUCUGUUCUCAACGAGUUACAGAAGCCAAGUGAUCCUUGCUAAGCGGUCACGUGUAUGUGAUAAUGCACAAUUAAUUGCCCCCCCUCUUUGUCCUCCUAACAGACAUGGUGCUGACACGCGACCACAAAUAAUAUUACAUAACAUACAUGCUACUAAACAGUGCUCGAAAUAAAGCAUAAAAAUUCUAUUUGCAAACAAAUAUUUCCUUUAUGCUUUUCUCUCUCGCAAUUACAAGGUAAAAUGCUGCUUUUCCUGAAGCUAGUUUACUGGGCCCAACCCCGAUCAAUGUAGACCACACCAUUGUAUGGACUUAAUUGGCUAUGGGCCACGCCCAAAGCCGUAUUUAAUAUAAUUAUUUUUUCACUUUAUAUUUACAAUAUUUUCAAUUAUCUUAGCCCAGUAAAGGUGAGGGCAACAAAACGCCAAAAGCAUCACAAACAUGAUGCUAGCCCCACCCAAAGGAAAAACAGCACCCCUUACUGAUAACUAUAAUCCAACUGUUAGUGACAAAUCAUUGGCUCUGAAAUAGAGAACCCCGUUGCCCUUGCUAGACAAGGCCCCACUUCAGAGCCAAGAAUGAGUGGCAACUGCCCUUGCAAGUUGCGUAAAAAGUAUGCAGCAUUAAACCUGCCGCCUUUGCUAGCCAGAUACCAAGUUGAAAAUGUUAAUGUACUCUUGACCCCGAAACGAAAUCUCCGCUGCCCUUGCUAGACAAAGAAUCAGUUCAGGGCCAAGAGUGAAGGACAACUCCCCCUGCAAGUUGCCUUCUGGUUCUAAACAGUUCUGGACACUGAUUGGAUGCGAAUAUAUUUAAGAAAUGCAUUGGAUUUCCAGCGGCCUAAGGCCCUAAUCUGCGCAUCGGACGUGCCAGCAUCUGCAGCAUUAGAAGCAGCACCUAUUCUGAAACUAUGGCCCUUGUAUCUGGAGGGGUCCAACCCACAUGAUUUAAUGGCAACUGAAAGCCUGUCCGUAAAUUCUGAUCUAGGUACAGGGGAACCAUCCGCAGAAAUAAAAAUAGGUCCUGGCCCACUACCCCGGAGAGAUAAAUACUUCAUAAUAUGUUGUACCGGACAAACAUCAUUCCUACGCGAUACUUCGAUUGAAAAUGGGUGCUGAUUGUAACUAUGCUUAAAAUUACCAAAGGUAAGCUUAAGAGCUACAAUUUCCUUUGUUCGAGUAAGAAAGGAAUUUUCUAGCGAAUGGCCUCGUGCUCUCCAAUGUGGAACUUUUUUGACACCCAACCUUAUUGAAAAAUUGUUUUCAGGGUUGUUUAUGGGUUCCUUAGACCUGGAAAUGUUUUGUUUGGCUUUGGGGAAAAAAGACUUAUAAUAAAAAUCAAAUGACAAUGGGUGAGGAGUUUGCUAACCUGGUUCAAGAGCUUCGAACGUCUCUAUAUUUAGUGGCCACGAGCCUCGUCUCAAGCUCGCUGGCCACUAAAUAGAGACACGUUCGAAGCUCAGGAACCAGGGUAGGAACUUGCCCGCCUCUCUGUCAAUGUGGCCUAAAAAUAGCAACUGAGUUGAAAUUGAUAUAUUAGCAUUAAUAGUCAAAUACUGUCCUUCUCGCGCACUUCGAUCUUCUUCAAAAAGUCAGAUCAAGGUGCCUACCACUUAAACAUCUAAUUAUGGUGACCGAGCCUUUUUUGUAUGCGCGCCUAAACUUUGGAAUUACAUUACUUGAUGUGCUUAUGAAGGUCAUUUAUGACUUUGAUGAAUCCUUGAGUAUCCGGGUUUGGUGAUGUUUUUAGUUUGCAUUUCUGAUGUUUUGGAGUUGGGUCUAUAUUUUACGGGAUUCCUGGGGCGCUGUGGUAAUGGAUGUGUUAAUCUAGUCACUCCUGGAGAUGUUUAUUUUAUUUUCGUGAUAGAAGGUUUUUAGAACGCCUACCAUAAAUACACAAUCAUUCAUCUAAUUAGUUAAAAUCGUAUCAUGAUUAUGAAUUUUUAAAUUUUUAUCCAGAAAUCUUCCCCUUUGAAGGAUCAAACUGAUGGGUAAUAGCAAGAAAAAGAGGGAGCUAAUAACAAAGUUUUGUCAGUCUUUGUUGGAGGUAUUGUUUGGGGUACGUUAAUUUUUCAUUGCAAUCCAAUAGAAUUCACGAAAAUAAAUUAUCAAGAUAAAAGACUUUUCAGCUUGUUUUUCUUCGCGCAGCAGAUGCCACGUUAAUAAUCAAGGGAGUUGGGCUUGUGACAGGAUGGAUGUGGGAAGAAUUUACAAUUUUCACGCAUUUUAUUUGCUUAUCCCAUGGCUGAUAGUAGCAUUUGGAAAUGCAAUAUUACACAUGGAGCAUAGCAAACUGGGUCAUUACGUCAGAUUUGUUGAUAAGCGACUAAACGAAUCAAUUAUAGCCACGCAUCACGUGAUGUGUCACAUGGACUGCGCUAUGCUCUGCACCAGUCACCCGCGAUGCCUCUCGUUCAACCACGGAACCGUACCAGGUGGCCAAGAUGUUUGUGAACUCUUGUCCUCCGAUGGGUACAGCCAUGGAGCGUUAAACAGACUGCAGGAGAACUCUUCCUUUUCCUUCUAUAGGGAAAACGAAGCCAUGGAAAGUCGGAGUUGCCUGGAUUAUCUAAAGCGAGGGAGAACAGAAGACGGAAUUUAUCUCAUCCAUACUCCAGGGGUGGGACAUCUGCACGAAGUCUUCUGUGACUUCUCCACUGAACCAGGGUGGGCGUGGACACUGCUCGUAUCCUUCGCACGGAAGCAUCGAAACAAGGACGCCUUUUGCACAGUGGGGUACACGCUAGACAGUCCAUCAAACGAAGAGACACCGAAUCUGGAAGACUUCAGAUUCUCAAAGCAACGCAUGACAGCUAUACGCGACCACUCGACGCACCUCCGAGCCACCACCAAUUACAAACCGGGGAGCGCCCUGUCGUAUAGAGACUACAUCCGCGGAAAGAUUUCCAACCUCGAUUUGACCAGUUUUACAGGAACAGAUUAUUGUAAGAAGGUAGAUUUUAUCAGUAUUCGCGGUAUUGAGGGGCGCGAUAUUCUGGUUUCUUUCUGGCAAAAUCUAAACUACCCAUUACACAUUGACCCCUCCCGUGCAACCUGCCCUUUUAAUGCAAAACAAGGAAGUCAGUAUGAUGAGAAUAACUUUGGCACUUAUUGUCUUGAUGGACAAAUGAGUACAGGGUUUAGUGGGUCGGCGACGGAGGAAAGUACCACCCAGUGGUGGUUUGGGGGCAAUGCUUAUCAUUAAAUGACCAUUUUAAAGCCCGUAACUAAGGGGGUGGUAGUGAGGGAGGGGGAAUGCUUAUCAUUAAAUGACCAUUGUUAAGCCCGUAACUAAGGGGGUGGUAGUGUGGAAGAGGAAUGCUUAUCAUUAAAUGACCAUUUUGAAGCCCGUAACUAAGGGGGUGGUAGUGAGGGAGGGGAAUGCUUAUCAUUAAAUGACCAUUGUUAAGCCCGUAACUAAGGGGGUGGUGGUGAGGGAGGGGGAAUGCUUAUCAUUCAAUGGCCAUUUUGAAGCUCGUAACUAAGGGGGGUGGUAGUGAGGGAGGGGGAAUGCUUAUUAUUAAAUGACCAUUGUUAAGCCCGUAACUAAGGGGUGGUAGUGUGGAAGAGGAAUGCUUAUCAUUAAAUGACCAUUUUGAAGCCCGUAACUAAGGGGGUGGUAGUGAGGGAGGGGGAAUGCUUAUCAUUAAAUGACCAUUGUUAAGCCCGUAACUAAGGGGGUGGUAGUGAGGGAGGGGGAAUGCUUAUCAUUAAAUGGCCAUUUUGAAGCCUGUAACUAAGGGGGUGGUAGUGUGGGAGGGGUCAAUGCUUAUCAUUAAAUGGCCAUUUUGAAGCCCGUAACUAAGGGGGUGGUAGUGAGGAAGGGGGAAUGCUUAUCAUUAAAUGACCAUUGUUAAGCCCGUAACUAAGGGGGUGGUAGUGAGGGAGGGGGAAUGCUUAUCAUUAAAUGGCCAUUGUUAAGCCCUUAACUAAGGGGGUGGUAGUGAGGAAGGGGGAAUGCUUAUCAUUAAAUGACCAUUGUUAAGCCCGUAACUAAGGGGUGGUAGUGUGGAAGAUGAAUGCUUAUCAUUAAAUGACCAUUUUGAAGCCCGUAACUAAGGGGAUGGUAGUGAGGGAGGGGGAAUGCUUAUCAUUAAAUGACCAUUGUUAAGCCCAUAACUAAGGGGGUGGUAGUGUGGGAGGGGAAUGCUUAUCAUUAAAUGGCCAUUUUUAGGCCCGUAACUAAGGGGGUGGUAGUGUGGGAGAUAAAUGCUUAUCAUAAAAUAGCCAUUGUUAAGCCCGUAACUAAGGGGAUGGUAGUGAGGGAGAGGAAUGCUUAUCAUUAAAUGACCAUUUUGAAGCCCGUAACUAAGGGGGUGGUAGUGUGGGAGGGGGUGCUGUACACAGGGGAACAAAGAGGUCCGCUUUUGAGAGCAUGGACUGGGCAAGAUACCUAAAGAAAAAAAGAAAAAAUCUGUACUUUUCUAGCUUGUUGUUAGUGGUCAUGUUUGGAUAUUUUUAGUAAAUCAAACACGAGUUAGUAGCAAGCCUACUUCCUAUUCUAUGCUUGAAAUAGGUGUAUGCACUUUAAGGCCUUUAAAGAACCUUUGAAUAAACGGCACUGAUCUACGUGUGAUUUUUUCUCAA